UGUGAGUGGAAUCACCUUGCCUUGGAUAGUGAGGUCCGGAGUGCACUCUUCGACGACGCAGCGCAAUCCCUUUUUCAGAAGGGAGGUGGGCGAAAAAACGUUGCAACCAAGCCCCGGGACGAUGAGUCCCUGAAUCCGCACGCGCAAUUGCUGUCCUCCGUUGUCCUUGACGGUGCAGUGUAGGAUGCCCGUGGCCGUGCCUUUGAGUUGGCUUUCUCCGGCCACGUCCACGAUCUUUGGAGAGUUUCGCUGGGUGUAAUCGUGGAGGUUUCCGUCCGGGAUGAGGCGAUUGUCAAACAUGGUCUCCGAUCCUCCCGUGUCUACCAGCAGGCCUACCCGGGUGGAGCUCGCGGCGAAGUUGCGUCCUGAGAUGCGGGAACACGUGGCGAACAUGAAGCCGCUGUCAAAGGCGUCCUCGUCCCGGGUGAAGUCGACAACUGCCACUUCGUUGUUUGAGUCGUGCUUGUUGGACGCCGACGAGCAGUUAGUGCAGUUGGAGCACGCGGUGAAUGUUUUACUUGAGUCCUUGGUGUCUUCCGGGCGCUUUCCUCCUUGCUGGUAGCAUUCCUGGUCCGAGUGAGACGUGGUGUUGUGUUUGAAGCACCACUUGGUAGCUCCGGCGGGCUUCGUUUUUUUCUUUGCCCUGUUCUUGAUCUUGGGGCAGUUCCUCCUGAUGUGCCCCGGCUCGUAGCAGCUGUGGCAGAUGAUGUCAGACGCGGUCGUUGCCAUGGCAAAUCCUCGACCAGCUAUGCGUCCCUUCCUUCCCUUGCGCGAUUGUUCGUCCGAGAAGAUGUUGCGCAUGGUGGAUUGCACGUCCAGGACGUUGAAGGUUGGGUCUAUGAACACCAUCAGUUUGUCGUCCUUGUAUUCGUCGGAGAAGCCCUGUACGCAGAUGUCCUUGAAGCGGCGGUCGGAGAUGGAUUUCCCAUGUUAUCCAGCUGGGAGCGAAGUAGGUGCUUCUGGUUGAAGAAGUCGUCGGGAUUUCACCAGGGUUCAUGGGGUUGUUCUCCAGCUCCCCCAUCUUGGCCCUGAUGACCUCGUCCAUUACCCUGUCAUAGUUGUUGCACAGCUCCUCCAAGGCAGCUUGUCCGUCGCCGCUGAUGCCAGUGUCGUCUUCGUGCUUCUGUAUCGACAAGGCGGCUGGAAGUUCCACUCGGAGGAACAGAAUGGCGUAGAGAUACUCGUUAGCCCAUGUGUAGGAGUCGAAGGCCGCUGUGUCUGCGGGAUCUGGCUUCCUUUGUUUCUUCAGCAGUGGCAGGAUGUCCUUCCUGGUCACACCUAACACCACGCAGAAGUUCUUCAUCCAUGUCUUGAACUCAGCUGGGUCCUGUCCGUCGAAUUUCUUGAGGCCUUUGAUCACGGUUGCCAGUUUCGUAGAACUAUCGCUGGCGAACGCGCUUCCACCUCCUGUGCUGCUCGUUGCGAUAUCCAUUGCUCGUUCCAGCUAUAUUUUCUUCGUCUUGACAACAGUACUUCCUGCUGUAGGAGUAAGUUUGCUUGUGGUACUACUGCCUGUA